UGUAUAGGUAAAGUGGAGUUUUGACAUUUGGGAAAAAAGAGAGAGAGAGAGAGAGAUGGAUUCGUCGUUAGUAGGGAAUAACAACAGGUAUUGGGUCCUCCGCCACGGCAAGAGCAUUCCCAACGAGAGAGGCCUCGUCGUCUCUUCCAUGGAAAAUGGUGUCCUCCCCGAGUACCAGUUAGCCCCUGAUGGUAUCGCUCAGGCUCGUCUCGCCGGCGAAUCGUUCCUCCAGCAACUCAAGGAAAGUAACAUAGAGCUGGACAAGGUCCGCAUUUGCUACUCCCCCUUCUCCAGAACCACUCACACCGCUAGGGUUGUUGCUGAGGUCCUCAACCUCCCAUUUCAUGCUCCUCAAUGCAAGAUGAUGGAAGAUCUGCGAGAACGCUAUUUUGGACCUACCUUUGAACUCAAGUCACAUGACAAGUACCCAGAGAUAUGGGCUCUUGAUGAAAAAGAUCCUUUCAUGAGACCACCAGGAGGUGAAAGUGCUGACGAUGUUGUUUCCCGACUUGCCACUGCCAUGGAAUCCAUGGAAGCUGAAUAUCAAAGGUGUGCAAUUCUGGUGGUGAGUCAUGGAGAUCCUCUGCAGAUGUUGCAGAACGUUUUCCAUUCAGCAAAGCAACAGGAAGGAGAUGGUUUGGCAGAGAGGUUUCAGAUGAGCAGAGUUGCUUCCGUCUUGUCACAACACCGCAAGUUUGCUUUGCUCACUGGGGAACUCCGACCCCUCAUCUGAUUGGCAAUCAAUGUAUUCAACUUUU